AUGAUGUCAGUGGAUCUAAAACAGCAGGCUACGAUUGGAGCAGCAGUGGAUGAUGGAGUAGACUGGGUAAGAGAGGCAGGGAACUAAGGAGAGAGCAAUGGGGCGCAAUGACAGAGGGGAAGAGAGGGAAGCAGGGAGUGGAGACACUUCCAGAGAGAGAGAGAGAGAAGGGCCUUCUAUGGCCAUGUCAUGGCUGUGUUGCCUCUGAUUGGCUGCUGCGUUGGAUGGCAGCGCUUGGCAACAGGUGUGAUGUCCCUGACAGGUGGGCAUGUCUGGGAUGAGUGGCAUAGCGACCUUGCGCGGCGCAUUUAAACUGCUGAGCUCCGGCGGAAAGCUAAGCCAGGGCCACAUGCCUCAAAGUCAUGUAACACUCCCACCCUCCAUCCCACUGCCUCAUCAACACCCCCAGGCAGGCCCACCGCCCCAUCUCAGUUACCCCAUAUGGGUCUCACCCUUCCCCCAGUCCCCCCCCCACGGCGCUCACCCGCUCUUCCUAGAAAGGAAGUAUCAUCCACUGCAUUAUAACCCAGUGGAAGCCAGCCCGUAGAGGUGAAGCUACAUACUGUGCCAAUCCCUGGGUAAAAACAAGAGAGAUUGCCUAAAAUACCAGAUUAUGUCGACAAGAGGCCUAUACUUCAGUUAAUGUCAGUUUGAUACUAUACUACAUAACUACACUAAAGACCAGAGAGAGAGAGAUGAGAUGUAGAGCCAGGAGAGAGAGGAGGGAGAGACCGAGGAGAGAGGACGAGGGAGAGAGAGGAGUAGAUGAGAGAGAGACGAGAGAUGGAGGCGAGCGACGAGACGAGGGAGAGUGAUCAGAGGAGAGAGAGAGAGGAGAGAGCGAGAGAGGAGAGAGGAGAGAGAGAGAGAGAGAGAGAGAGAGAGAGAGAGAGACAGGCUAGUGAAUCUUGACACUGUACCUCACCAUGAGACACCUCCGGCAUCAAACAGCCAUCUCACAGACGAAGACCUCAGUUCACUAAAACCACACUUUAAAAAUAGCUUUAUUCUCCUACCAUCAGAAAUGACUGGGGUGUUAUUUGUUUUAUAAACAGGCAGCUCGCUCUCAGUCACUUCAAUCCAUUUACAGUAGUGCUCUUCUCUGCUUGAGACGACAAGCAGAGUGUCACACAAAUGAGGAGAAUAAGACAGUGAGAUUAACUUAUUUUAGCAUCUCUCUCCCAUUAUCUCACUCUCUCUAUUUGUCUCUAGCACUGAGACACACACACACAUACGAUCACCAUCAAAUCUAGGCUGCAUUAAAGAUAAUGUAAUUACAGUGGUGGGUGUGAUAGGGAGGCCCAGAUGAAAGCAGUGUGAAGUGCCGUCGUCUGCGCAGACAGGAGCGGGUCUCUGAUACUCCUCCUGUAGACGAAUCUCCUUUUAUUAAAGCCAGCCUCUGUGGAGGAGAGAGAGAGGGAGGGAGGUGGGUCUUUGAUGGAAGCUCUAACUAUCAGUUGCUACACCUUUCAUUUCACUACUUCACUCACUGUAAAUCUAAUCUACACUAUAUGGGACACAUAUCUGCACUCAACACUGCAGUGUGCGUAUGCACACACACACAAACACUAUCUUUCUCACCCUCUUACAUCAGGCAGAUCGCUCAAGAGUAGGGUUGCAAAGGGAGGGUAUAUUACUGGAAACUUUAGAAGUUUACCAUUAAACUACCAGAAUGUUGGUAUCUUUCAAGGAUUUUAUGUAAUCUAUCACAAGACAUCUAGUGGUCGUUUUGGGUACUUCAGAUUAUCACAGGUGUCUGUAAUAGUCUCUGGCCCUCUGUGUGGCCUUAUCACAUUUAAAAUAUAUGAAAUAAUUGAAUAAGAUGAUUUUAAAAUAAAAUAUAGAAUGACAAAGCUGUAAAACAUUAUACGAAAUAUAAACCAUCAACUUAGUGAAUACUAUUGGCAUUUCAGCAUGAAAUGUCCUUUAUAGAUUUGUUUUACAAACUUGUAUUUAUUUUACUAUGUCAAUAUGUAUUUGUUGUCAAUGUUUUGGCAUCAAACUGGUAGCAGUUGUGAAGAAAGUCAAUAGUUAGAAGAGUUGCAGAGUUAAUUGAAAAUAUGCCAUUGCUGAUUAGAUGCUUUGUUCAUUAAUUAGGCUAUUUUCUUGAACCAUAUGGUCUAUCUACUAGAAACUAAUGGACAAUAUGGACACAGAUAUAAUAAAUUAAUGCUAUACUGUAUAUGAAUAAUAAAAUAAAAUAUGUGUGGACACUCGUUUUACUUAUUUUUUGUUUUAACCCUACCCCAAACCUUAACCCUUACAUUAACUAAUCGGAAUGAGUGCCUAAACAUAAUGUUUUAACCCUAUCCAAAACUUGGAUCAGAAGGUUGUGUGUUCGAUCCCAGUGGUGGACACUAGUUUCUUUUUCCAAAACCUUAACCCUUAACUUUCAAAAUGUGACGUUUGGAGCAACUUUGAAAUUUGAUGUUUGGAGAAACGUGGAUAAACGUCUAAUUCUGCAGUGAGACUAUGAGAGCUUGUUGCUUACAUACCUUAACACACAAAUUAAAACACACAUACUGUAGCUACACAAAAACAACACUUGCAGAAAAACUAUGUUAUAUAGAAUUGAUUCCUGUAUCACUACCACUUUAGUGAGAUACUGUAUAUCUUGAUCUACCGAGGGAAAGAAAGGCAGCUCUUCUCUUCCCUUUCAACCUUCGGUGGCAGUGAGAGAGAGCGAGAGAGCGAGAGAGGGGAGAGGGGGGAGGGGGAGUGGGGGGGAGUGGUGGGGGGGACACUGUACUGUGGCCACAGAAACAGGACCAGGUGGCCAUCAGGUGGCCAAGAGAGAAAUUGCUGCCUGUAUACACAGUCUGUCAAAGACACACUCUUACACUACCACAGACCUGCUACACACAAACACAACAUACACAUACACACACAUCUGUAGCCAUCACAGUCCCCAUUCCGGCCUCCUCAGCUGCCAAUGUCAGAAAUAUGUUUCAUUUCCAUGUUCUUGACUGACUGUGUCUCUGUGUAAUUGCAAUGUUGAUCGUCCCCAUGGCGCCGCAUUUGAGAGAAGAGUCUGGGGAUUUUAUGUUUUGUUAGUGAACGUUAUUAAAUCAUUUAUGUUCUCCUGAGUGUUUAGCUACAUGUUAACUUGUUCAAAAGGAUAGCACUAUAUCCCCAUCCCACCCCACUCCAUCCAAUCCCACAUUGAUGGACAUGGGAAUAGAUCCUGUCAAAGUACUUUAUGCCAUACCAAGGACCACAUCCCAUUUAGCCCAUUAGUACCCACUUUAACCUCUAUGACACUUUAGACACACUCACUCACUCACUCACUCACUCACUCACUCACUCACUCACUCACUCACUCACUCACUCACUCACUCACUCACUCACUCACUCACUCACUCACUCACUCACUCACUCACUCACUCACUCACUCACUCACUCACUCACUCACACACACACACACACACACACACACACACACACACACACACACACACACACACACACACACACACACACACACACACACUUUGUUAUAUAUCUCAUUAAUUCCUUUGGUCAGUUGAGUCCAUUCUCAGAAUCCAUUCUUACAAGGGACCAACCCACAUUCCUCCCCUGCUCUACUCUGGGUCCUGUUCCCCUUCCCUUCAACAAUGUUGUGCGACUGCUCUGUUUGCAGACGUUGAGAAAGAAGGGUCUAAACGGCUGUGACAGCCCUGACCCCGACGCAGACGACUCGGUCGGCCACAGCCCCGAGUCUGAGGACAAGUACAGGAAAAUAAACGAAGACAUUGAUCUGAUGAUCAGCAGACAGAGACUGUGUGUAAGUACCGCCCGGCACUCCCUGAGCUUUCUCCUCACCCAUCUCUCUCUUUCUUUUCUUUCUGUCUCUCUUUUUCCAUCCGUCUGUCUGCUGUCCAUCUGUGGGGGUUUUGGUGGGACCCGGCAGGCAUUAAGCAAGAAGGAGAACAAAGGUGGUGAGAGCCCGGAGCUCGAGUCUGCUCUUACCCUCACCCCACGCACUGAGGAGAAAUACAAACAGAUAAACGAGGAGUUUGAUCAUAUGAUCAAAACUCAUAAGAUACCUGUAAGUACUGGACAUACACAGUGUGCAGUCUCAGCUGGCUCAAUAACAGACGCUGAGUAACAUGCAUUCAAAUUAACCCACCUAUUAACCCAGCAUUGUGUGGCACUGCACUGCACGUCUGGAGAAAAAAACACAAGAUAAGACUUCCUCACGCUUUGAAGCACCUAUAUUUACCUGUAUUCAUAGCAGCUAACUCAUCUAAGCGUCAUUACUUUAGUGAUUUAGUUCAACUAUAGUGCAUGCUUCGCCUCCCACACUCUUUAACCUCUGGCUCCCUCUGUGACAUCACACCUUUAACCCAUUACCCAUGAUCCCUUGCCUGGCUCUCAGGGUAGGUGUGGUUUGCAUGCGGUUCCCCACAGAUGCUAAGGCUCGAAAAACACAGGCACAUAGGCACACACGCACACGUGCGCAAAUUCACACCCUACUGUAUUCCCUCAUUACAUUUUUACUCACUGUAAAAAAUUUAAAAUAAAAUAAAAAUCUAGUUGAUUCAGCUAAUUAUUAUUAAGUAACUGGUUCCACAGACUUUUUUUGUUUACUCAACUUUUGGUCAAAGUGUUCCCUGAACACAAAAAAAAAUGGUUGGCCCAAACUUGACUCCAACUUGAGAAAACGUUGGCAGAAAUUCCGUCAACUUAAAAUGAUGUGUUUGCUCAACUUGUCUCAUACAUUCAUUCAACUACAAAUUAUUAGUUGGGCAUCUUACCUCAAAAAAAGACUGUGGAACUAGUUACACAAACAGUGCUUUUAACAUACAAUGUUUUCAAUGUACAUACAUUGCAUUGUGCAUCUUCGUUUGUACAGUAGUUAUUAUUUAUAUUUCACCUGGGAUUUGAACUCACAACCUCUUCUUCAUGGCAUUCCGAUCUUCCUGUUACGCCACCAUGUUUGUGUCAAUUAUCAGUUAAUUAUCAGUUAUUCUCUCAUCAUUGCUUUGUUUUACUUAAGCAAUUUUUGGUGUGGCAUAAUACUCUGUUUUAAUGUUACUCCUUAAACACUAUGAUAAAUAAAAUAGUUUUCCUGGAGUGUACUUUUAACAGAGCUGAGAUUUACUUUGAAGAGCAAAGUGUAGCAAUACAGAUGAAAUCAGUUAUUGACACAGACAUGGAGUCGUAGCAGGAAUAUUGGAAUGCUGUGAACCAAUACGUUUUGAGUUUAAAUCCCAGGUGAGGACAUUUAUACAUGAGUAUAAAUGAACAUGCACAACGUAAUCAUGUGUGUCAAAUAUGUACGUUGAAAACAUUGUAUUAAUUGUUAAAAGCACUGUGUGGGUGUAACUAGUUCCACAGACUUUUUUUUAGGUAAAAUGCCCAAAUAUAAAUUUCUAGUUGAUUGAACAUAUGCGACAAUUUGAACAAACAUAUAAUUUUAAGUUGACAUCAUUUUUGCCUAUGUUUUCUCAAGUUGUCAUUCAAUGACCACUUAGUUGUGACUCUAGAGAUGGAUCAGUGUCGACCACAACUUCAACUGCACAGAGUAAUCAAAGGUCUUAGCAGUUAGUCAGUCCCAAACGACCACAAAAUGAAUGCCACUCUCAAUGGAAGCCAAGUGUGCUCCGCUCUCCAUACAAAUGCCCAUAUUGGAAUGGUUAGCAUUAUAGCCAUGGAGAAAGAGAUAAUUCCACAGUAGAUCAUCGAAAGGGAACAAUAGCCUCUGGCAGAGUACAGUAGAGGGGGUGGAGGGGGGGGGUUGUGGUUAGAGGCCGGGGUGGGGGUGAGGUUGGGUUAGGGUUAGGGUUUGGGUGGGGAGAGCAGUGGCAGUAAGGGUGUCUGCACACAACAAGUGGCAGUUCAGUAUGUGGUCAUGACGUCUGCCUAGCACAGGGCCUCUGGAUCGCAGGGGAGGAUGAGUGAAAACAGGAAGGAUGGCACCACUGAAAUGACAGCUUGGAGAGGGGGCCCACUGUACGUACACCCACACACACACACAAACACACACACACACACACAAACUGGCCCCCAAGCUUACUCAACCGCAAUGCAAAAGGGGUUGAGGAAUGGAACAAACGUUCCAAGAUGAAAGACAUUAUGAACAUCUUUAAACAUGAAAUAGAAUAGGACGUGCUCACUUUUGAGCUAUUAAAGAAAUCAACCAGACAACCAUGACUGUUGGCUGCAUAGGGCUUCAGCAAAAGCACAAAAAAAAAGUGUGUGAGAGAGGGAGAGACAGCAAUGAAAAAGAGGUGAAUGUCAAGGAUUAUGGACCCCAAAUUAUAUUUGCGUGGCUAAAAGGGAAAAGUUAGAGGGGAGAGAAAAUUGAAAAAGAAGACGAGGUAGAGCUCGUAUCCGAUUUCCCCUGGCUGAUGUUCUCACUGAUGAGCCGUUCCAUCGCUCUGGGACACAUGGCUACAAUUAGGGCUAUAUAUUCUACUUCCUUAAGCUAACAUCCAGGAGCGACCACUUCCAGGGCACUCCCAAGGUUAAGCCCUAUGGUGGAGUGACAUGAUAAAUAUGACAAAUCAGUCGCUUGGGGCCUAGCUACCAACCAACCUCAUCCACAUGCUGCUAGUCUUACCUGCCACUUAAAAAACACUUGAUCUCGACAUGACAGAGACAUACCGGUACCUCUAUUUUAGUAAAAACCUGAUAAUGGUGUUUUUAUAAUAUACAUUUACCAAAAUUAUAAAUAGAAUUCCAACAUCUUGCUCCACAAAAUUGAGCUCAUUUAGAAUGAGUACAUUUGUAGUGAAUGAUCUCAGCUCAAGCAUGGCUGUUUGUGGUAUCCCAGAAUGCCUUUGCUUCCAUAUCUGCUUCAAAGGGAUCUGUUUAUUGGAAUGAGAAUGCAGUGACCACACAGUGAAAAGUUGUUGUUGUGUUUUCUGAGAUUUCCUGUUCUUUUCCCUGGAAGUCGCUAUAUUAGGAUGUCACACUGUUAAUCAAAGGGUGAAACAGGCACAGAGAGUCAACGAUGGGGACAAAGAGAGACAAGUAUAUUCACGUUGUAGAUGGUGGUUGACCCAUUAGAGAUGCCACUGUGGGAAGAGACAGUCCACAUUCCACAUACACUUUUUUUCUCAAUCCUGGGUGACAAGUAAAAGUCCCUUUUAGUUGUGAUAUUAUCUGGUCUUUGACCUUUUUUGUAUGACUGUUCUUCUUUCUUUCUCUUUUUAUCACUUUCUUUCUCUCUCUCACUGUUUCAUUCUAGUUGUGAUAUUUCUCAGCCAUAUGAUUGUAAUUCUGUAAAUUGAUUAUGUGUCUACCUCCCUUUAGCAUUGGAUUCUUUUAUUUCUCUCUUCCACUGUAAUGUUUAACAGUGAUCUCUAUGACAGUGUAUUAUAUUGUUGUGUUCUAUUGUUUUGUCUCUCUGUUGUGUUUUAAUCAUACAUUCUUCCUCUUUUUUCUCUCUCUCAGCAGGGUGUGCCCCCCUCCAACUACGAGAUGCCGGUGUCCAUCCCCGUUAGCAACCAGAACAGUCUCAUUUACAGCCACCCAGGAGGUUCCCUAGGCAAC